GCAAACAUAAAGUAUUUGUGUUUAGUUUGUGGGUGUAGUGUAUUAUAGGGUUGAAAACGAGAAUUAAAAAUAUAAAAUUUUAAUAAAAUUAACUUAACAAUAUUGAAACAUCCUGUUUUUAUAAAUCAAAGUAACAUUCGAAUUUCAAUAAAAUAAAAUGGGUGAAAGUCAAAUAUGUGAUAUAAGUGAUGAAGUUAAGGAAGAAUUAAGAAAAUUUCGAUUCAGGAAAAGUACCAAUAAUUCAGCAAUGAUACUCAAAGUUGAUAGAGAGAAACAAAAAGUUAUUCUUGAUGAAUUCCUUGAUGAUAUAUCGGUUGAAGAAUUACAAGAGCAGCUUCCGGGACAUCAACCAAGAUUUGUAAUUUAUACAUACAAGAUGAAACAUGAUGAUGACCGGAUAUCGUAUCCAAUGUGUUUCAUAUUUUAUACACCAAGAGACAGCCAGAUUGAGCUUCAAAUGAUGUACGCUUGCACUAAAACAACCCUGCAAAGGGAGAUUGAUUUAACACGGGUUUACGAAAUUCGAGAAUUAGAUGAGCUUACAGAAGAAUGGCUUAGAGAAAAACUUGGAAAGUAAUUUGUGCAAAGUAAAAAAAUAUGUGUUCUUUUUAAAAAUACUAAUUGUACCAAAUUUAUUGAAUUCUAUACAAAAAACUGAAAUUAGUUGGAAUUAAAAAAUAAGUUCUAUCUACGUAUAUUAUACCAAUAAAACAAUAAAAGCAAUAAUAUUUUCAUUAAAAAAAUAUUAAUACCUGAAUUAGGAAAAUUUUUUACAACUUUUUUUAUUAACGAUUAUUGAUUACAAACUUAUAAAUGAAAAUUUUAUUGAAAAAGAAAUUUAUAUUUCAUACGAAACUUAAAUUAUAUUAGUCAUACAAUAUUAGAAUUUAGAAUAUACAUACAAAUAAAAGUAAUUGUUAUAUAAGAAUUAUUUGAGUAUUUAACAAAUUAAAUGGAAAAUUGCAAUAGUUAUACGGUUAUAACAAUUCCAAAUUGAUUUAUUAAAAUAUCACAAUUUCUAUGAAUUAAAAAAAUCAAAAAGACAACCUCAUUCCAUUUUCUCUUUCGAAAAUCCAAAAGAAAAUCAUUGCUAUUUUAAGGUUUACACAUCCCAUUGACAUACAUACAUACAUAAUAUGUAUAUCUAUUGUUUUUAGCAGUUCGUAUGACGAUUUCAAAACCAAUUUUAAUUAUCCUUUCUAUAACAAUUUUUUAAUCAUUCCGCAUUGUAUGAAAUUUGUUUAAAAACAAAAAAAGUAGAAACAAAUAUUGAAAAUAAUUGCUCAUAUCUUUUGUAUAAAAUAAAAAAUGUAUUAUGUAGUACAUUAUGUGAUUUUUAGCAACAAAGUUUAUAUUUUACAAACAAUUAAAGUGUUUUACUAGAUGUAAUUCAAUAUUUUGAUAUUAGAUAAGCAUGUAUUUUAUUGAAGAAUUAGUAAAAACAAAAAGUAGAUUUAAAGAUGAAACAAAAAAUAUGAAAAAUGUUACAUGACAGAAAAAUGUUUAUAAAAUUACAUACAUAUUUUAAAUAUGAACAAUUUUAUCUUAAAAUUUGCAUACAUACAUACGUAUAUUUAAUUAUGUG